AUGAGUCAUCACUAUUCCCCUUUAUUGAUUCCAUACACGUACUGUCUUCAAUACCCUUUCCAAGAGCCCUCGAGGGUGACCGGUCUAUCCUCAAAUAUAGAGGAAAGAAUCACAGAUGCAUACGUCGUGGUGAAGGUAUCCUGGUCAUAUGAGGGCCGAUGCACACCGUCGCACUACAUUGUCGUAUAUAAGUCCGUUACCGGUCAUGAAAUAUAUGAAAAAGUAACAAACAGAUACGUAGUAUUUCACUGGCCAGAAGUGUGUUAUCCGGUUGAAGUGUUCAUACAGCCUGAGGCCUCUGGCACACGCGGAGAACCACUGAACCAAACCAUCAGCCUGGAUGGA